AGAGAGAGAGAGAGAGAGAAAUAGAGACUGCUAGAAAAAGGUACCAGUGUGUAACGAGAUGCUGAACAUUGGAGGGACGCUGACUGGACACCUGCUGCAGGAGAACUGAAAGAUGCUUUAAAACCAAGCUGACUAAAGAAAACGAAGAGAAAUCCGUUCAACUUGUAGGCAGAAGAGUGAAUAUAAAGAUAAAGGAGCUUUAAGAGGAGCUUUGCAGAAGGAGCGGUAAAGUGUCGGAUGAGGUACUGUAUGAGGUCCGAAUCUGAGGGAAAAGUGUAAAAGACAUCAAUUUUGAAAAAAAGGGAAAUAGGUUGAGAAGAAGUCAUUUAAAAAAAUGUAUUUAUAUAUUUUCUGCAAUUCUCUAAAAAGUGUGUACUUUUCAUGAUUAUGGCAUGGAGCAGUGACCAAUUCAUAAUAAUUAGGACAGAUACAUGGAUGACUGAAAUGGUAAAAAAAAAACAUCAGUGAGCAUCAUCGGAGAACAAACUGAAUCAACCGGUGACUCGGAUGAAGUGCGCUUAUCCAUCUAUCCGGACACCUCGAAGGAAGGAUCAUCCUUUUAAAAGCCUUUGUCUUUUACAAUAUCCAUCUUUCCGUUUUUAUUCUCCGUAAUUUUUCUUCACUGAAUCGUUUUUGAGAUGGAGUGAUUUCCAGACGGUGGACAACAGUCAUGCCUAUAAUGAAGGGGCUCCUGGCCCCCCAGAACACUUUCCUGGACACCAUCGCCAAGCACUUUGACGGCACUCACAGCAACUUCCUGCUGGGGAACGCACAGGGCUGUCGUGGUUAUCCUAUCGUUUACUGUUCCGACGGCUUCUGCGAAUUGACCGGCUUCGCACGGACCGAGGUCAUGAAGAAGACGUGUACGUGCCGCUUUCUUCGCGGAGAAGAAACGAGCGAGAGAGUGACUCAGCAAGUGCAGAAGACUCUGGAAGGACAGAGAGAAUACCAGGCUGAAGUCCGCUACUACAGAAAGAACGGAACUCCGUUCUGGUGCCUGCUGGACAUCGUGCCUAUAAAGAAUGAGAAAGGAGAAGUGGUGCUGUUCCUGUUCUCCUUCAAAGACAUAACCGACUCGUACGGAAAGACGCACCACAGCUCCAAGAUACAGGAAGACGGCAGUCAGAACAGGAAGUCCAGCCGCUCUCAUCUCAGUGGCGCGCGUGAGAGGGGGCGGAGUGUCCUGUACCACCUGACCAGUCAAUUCACCAACAGAAACAAAGCGAAACUGGCAAAUAAUGUUUUCCCGAAGCCAACUCUUCCCGAAUACAAGGUAGCGUCGGUCCAGAAAUCCCGCUUCAUCCUGCUCCAUUACAGCGUCUGCAAAGCAUUGUGGGACUGGUUAAUCCUCCUAGCGACUUUCUACGUGGCCGUCACCGUCCCGUACAACGUGUGCUUCUCCGCCCCCGACGACAGUAACCAGGACGACCCGGAGUGUGACUCCUCCUACCGAAGCACUAUUGUCAGCGACAUAGCGGUGGAGAUGCUCUUCAUCCUCGAUAUCGUCCUGAAUUUCCGCACUACAUACGUGGGGCCGGCCGGUCAGGUGGUGUACGACGCUCGCUCCAUCUGUAUACAUUAUUCUGCCACCUGGUUCAUCCUGGACCUCAUCGCUGCCCUGCCCUUUGACCUGCUCUACGUUUUCAACAUUUCAGUGACUUCUUUAGUUCACCUGCUGAAGACGGUGCGUCUGUUACGUCUGCUGCGUCUGCUGCAGAAGGUGGACCGUUACUCGCAGUACAGCGCCGUGGUGCUCACGCUCCUCAUGUCCGUCUUCGCUCUGCUCGCGCACUGGCUCGCGUGCGUCUGGUACGUCAUCGGACGCAAAGAGCUCGCAAGCAACGACCCUGUCACCUGGGACAUCGGCUGGCUGCAGGAGCUGGGGAAGCGCUUGGAGACUCCUUACACAAACGGCACAGUUGGCGGGCCUUCCAUGCGCAGCGCCUACAUCGCCUCGCUCUACUUCACCCUUAGCAGUCUGACCAGCGUGGGUUUCGGUAACGUCUGUGCCAACACCGACGCUGAGAAAAUCUUCUCCAUCUGCACCAUGCUCAUCGGAGCUCUGAUGCACGCCGUGGUGUUUGGCAACGUGACAGCCAUCAUUCAGCGCAUGUACUCACGCCGCUCUCUCUACCACACACGCAUGAAGGAUCUGAAGGACUUUAUCCGUGUGCAUCGCCUGCCUCAGCAGCUAAAGCAGCGCAUGCUGGAGUACUUCCAAACCACUUGGUCGGUUACCAACGGGAUCAAUGCUAACGAGCUGCUGCACGACUUCCCAGAUGAGUUACGUGCCGACAUCGCCAUGCACCUCAACAAGGACAUCCUGCAACUGCCCCUCUUCUCCUCCGCCAGUAGAGGGUGCCUGCGCUCGCUCUCUCUGCAUAUCAAGACUUCUUUCUGUGCUCCCGGGGAAUAUCUCAUCCGGCACGGAGACGCCCUGCACGCUCAGCACUUUGUUUGCUCCGGAUCCCUAGAAGUCCUUAAGGACGGGAUGGUGCUUGCUAUAUUGGGUAAAGGAGAUCUAAUUGGAGCAGACCUGCCUGGGCGGGAUCAGGUGAUAAAGGCCAAUGCGGAUGUGAAGGCUCUGACCUACUGUGACCUGCAGUACAUCAGUAUCAGGGCGCUGCGCGAGGUCCUGGAGCUCUAUCCUGAAUACGGCAAUCGCUUCAAUGAGGACAUUCAUCACAACCUCACGUACAACCUCAGAGAGGGUCAGACUCGAUUUCCUCGCUCUCCAAGAAUCUCACAGGGUCGUUCUGAUUCCCUCCUUACUCCUGAGCCAAAGUUGCCAUUUAUUGUGGAGGCCGAGGAUGAGGAAGAGGAAGUAGGCAGGCAGCCUUUGCUCUCCAGCGUGGAAGGAAACUCAAACCAUUCCGCCCUGAGCGCCAUGUUGGGGGAAGAGCUACGCCAUUUCGGCAUGCUCCGCCUUUGCCGCUCUCCAACACAAGGCUACAGAGGACAGAGCCCCACUCCCAACACACCAGCCAGCGAGGAGUUUUGCCCCCCAGUGAUAGACACUGGCCCCAUCAACCGCCCAGCCAAGCUGCUCAUCCCCUCACUUACCUGUGUUAGUCCACUAGAUCUGAGCCCCAGGGUUGUGGAUGGUAUUGAGGACAAUGAACCGGUGUUUCACUUCAACGUGGAGCCCAGCGAGGUCACUUCUAAUCGGAGGGCCAAAGAUCCCUUUCAGGUCAAUGCAAACCUUUUACUUGAGACAGAAGAAGUUAGACAAAGCAUCUCCAAGCUCAACAUGGAGAUGAACCGCUUGAACCAGGAAGUGUCCAAUCUGGCCAAAGGUCUACAUGAGAUGAUGCACUUCCUGCAUACCCACGUGACCAUGUCACACUUUCCUUCCCCGCACCCAUCACACUCAACAUAUAGCCUCCACACACAAACCAGCAACACCAGCCUGACACCAUCUCCCUCUGACUGGCCGCCUCGGAUGUCUUUCAACAUGGCGCAAGCUUCCAGCUGUGGCUGCGGAAGAGUCGCUGUUCUGGGACAGGAAGUGGAACGGGAGCAUCUCCAUCCACCUCCUAGUCCUCCACACAGCACCUGCCCUCACUCUCUGUGCUGCCCCGAACAGGAAAGACUCUCAGCUUUAGGAGUGGAGAGCCAGCCGAGUUUGUACCAAGCAUCCAGGACAACAGCAAAUUCACAAUACAUGGGCCACUCCGCUAACCGUGCGAUGCCCUGUCUUCUCAGCCUGGCUCCGAGCUUCCCUUCGGUCUCAGGACCUAGCAGGAUGGCACCUCAAACAAACUCUCCAAGCAAAGCUCUGUGUUCGCAUAGCAGCCUUAGUCAGGUGCAUUCCUCUCUAAGCCUGCAGACCACCCCUGACCUCACGUGUCAACGUUCCACACCCAUCCACAUCUCUCUUACCCCAACUGGCCAAUCACAGCCCUUUACAGCCAUCAGUCCACUUACACACGCCGGGAUUUGUAGCCCGAGCUCAUUACACUUACCUACAGGGCCAAGACAGAAUGACCUAGUCGGGUCGAGUCCUGUUCACCUGCACGACCCCACCCCGACCCCCGAUGCGGACAUGACCGAUACAGAGAACUUGGGUCCAGCAGGCGUCUGAAUCCAAAAUUUAGACUACAGUCUUUUCUUUUCAUCAUAGAGAAAUGCACUGCACUGCAUGCCAGAAAGCAGCUGUGUUGCAAAAAGUUUGCAGGCUGCUCAGAAAAUGUGUUUUGUUUUGUUUCUGCUUUGCUUUGACACUAUUACCUCAUAAUCUCCAUCGCAGCUAGUUUCACCAAAGAACAAGUGCUGCUUGGCAUUUCAGACUAAACGAGACACGAAUGCUUAAAUGGCGACACGUAUACGGUACAAACUCUUCAAAUGGAAUUAGAUACUGUCUGCUCCCAAGUGCAGGAUGUCCAGACGACAGAUUAUGAGAGAUUUGUAUGCAAAACAAACCAAAAACUCAUUUAACGUUACUUGAAAACUCUUUAAUCCACGCCUCUUGAAGGCUCCUUGAAGUCACCUAGGUAGUCAGUUCCAGUAUUUCCCAAAAGUAUGACCCAUCUUUGUCAUCAACAUUUUGAGAAAUUCUCAAUUUAGUAUUAAGAAACAAUCACAACAACAAUGUAUAUAGCAAAUAUGGUGGAAUGUCCCAGAUCUCUCUCAAAAAAAAAGGACAAUGAGAUAAGGAUAACCCUGGGAGUCCUGAUCUUAUAUCAGCCCCUCCUCGUCUCUCGUCAGUCGACGGACGGCAGUAUCUGAUAUGGCUUUAGAGUAAAGGGAGAGGAAUAGUGUAUCUUCCUCCGAAGGGGCUGAAAUAUAAUCUGCUCCUUAUGUACGACACAGGACGGGAAAGAUAAAGCAGUUUCUAGAAGCAUAAGCUCUCAUUCGCCGAUUGUGAAUAACUCUUAACCUGGAUUAGCCUCUACUCGUGUCAUUAACAGCGAAGUUUUAAACACUAAAAAGUAGGCUACUUUCGCUAAAAAUAGGCUGACAUUCAAGAGCACUUUGCAAAUAGAACACUAAGGUCAUCCAAGCAGGGACAACCAUUGUGGGGCAAGAUUUACUUACAUGAAUUACCAACACAGCUCUGUCCAUUCGAGUAAAUAAUAAUUGUUAUACAAUGUCAACAUUAUGUUGGAUAAUGUGGUUAUUAAAUAUUUAAAAAGCACUGAAAUUACACUUGGAGUGGUUCACUGAAGCAGCAAGCAGUUCGAUCCCGGGCUUGAACUGAGCAUGUUCUGUGUUUCUACAUGACUUUGAUUCAGCUUCUCCGCUUUCCUCUCACCUUCCAGAAAUAUGUCGGUUAAUGGAUUGGCUACUCGAUGUGUCCCAUUAAGGAAAUAUUCCCAUUUCAUGGCCAUUUUUUUUCCAGGAUAAGCUCCAGAGACAUUACAACCCUGAUAAGAAUAAAGUGUUAAGUAAGGAUGAGAUAUUAAAUCUGGAUCUUGAAUUGUUUUGCACAUACGAACAAAGCAGAUCCAUUUUCUACACUAGUCAGGAAAUGAGGGGGAUAUAAAAAAAAAGAGAUAUAGAAUGCUUGUUAGAUAAAUACACAAGUUUCUAACUAGAUCUCUAUCUAUCCGUACAUAGUGCUUAUCUACACAGGGAACAGAGAAUCUGAAGUCUUUGCACUAAGGGAGGAAACCGGAGAACCCCGAGGAAACCCCUGACACAUUACAUUUACGGUAUUUAGCAGAUUUUAUUUCAAAUUAUACAACUGAGGGUUAAGGGCCUUGCUCAGGGGCCAAGUAGGGGUAGUCUGGUGGACCUGGGAUUUGAACUAAUGACCUUCUGAUCAGUAAUCCAACGCCUUAACCACUAGGCUACCACAUCCCCACAUUACAUAAACUCCAAGCUCACAGGUGGGAAUCAAACCUAGAACCCUGGGUGUGCUUUUCUUUGCUUAUCUGAAAUAGUACAAGUGAGUGCGAUGCAUUUUGAGCAGGUAACACGUCAGAUUCCGAACUGACAUCGUUGUGCGAACGAGAUCGCGGUAGGAGCUGCUCGUGGGUCAGAUUUCUGAAUAUCUUCUGGAACGCAUGCUACUUUUUCUACCAUGUAUUGUACGUAUAUGCUGCUUGAGUUCGUUUGUAAAGCCUGAAGUAAAUGUACUGUAGAGAAACCGAUUCAGGCACAAGGAAUGCUGCGCUAAUUCAGUUUUCACGCUGCAUGAUCCUACUUGGAGAUGUUUCCUUCUGUGUUAUGUUCUUUCACCGCUUUUUGUUCUUCAGACCACAGCAUGGUGGCAGAAAGGAAUAUUCAUAAGACUCACUGCUAUAAGCUUUGAGUAGCUUGUCGUUUGGGUUCCCGUUUAUUUUGUUACGUUUCAGUUUGGUUUUGUUUACAGGUACCGGAUAUUAAACGCUGCGGUAAAUAUUAUCCUCCACACUUUCUAAUGAAAAAAAAAAUCUUUGUUCGUGCGCAGCUUUUAAUCACGGGCUGUGUGAGGAUUCUAUUUUCAUAUUUUCUUUUGUACUAAUUAUUAAAUGUCCUGCUGAUUUCUUAAAGCUGAUUUCUUUUAAGGCUUUGUUAUUACAUUUUUAAAGCGUUUGUGAAUAAUCUUUAAAUGAUAAAAAUGUGUUUUUUGCCUGCAAUUUGGUGUCUUAUUUGUAUUUACCAAACAGAAUUUUUUUCCUUUUUCACUCUGUAACGUAAAAAAAAAACGUGUUUCGUUUUUAUUGUAUUGACUGCCGAUUAAAGUGUACUGU